CACAGAUUGGAGAGUAAGAAUGACGUUUGAGCAGUGUAGACUUCCUCCAGAUUGAUGGAUGUCCUUCAGGAUUCGGGAUUCGCAGGGCCAGAGCACUGCCCCAGUCCUCCUAACACCACAGACAAUGACUCACAUGAUCAUCUUUCUGACAAGUCACAUAUUCUGACGCACUGUGACUCCACCCAGCCUCCUCUUCUUGCCCCACCCACUCUGGAUUCCUCAAGUCAGACAGCCGAAGUUCCCUUCAGUGUGAUAGACCUGCACGAUGACUCUGUCUCCAAAGCCACCUCUCUCUCCUCCCUCUCGUCAUUCUCUUCUCUCUCCUCCCUCUCAUCGCUCACAUGCUCCAAGCCUGUAAGUCCCUGGUCCAUGCCUCAGAGCUGUGACAGGCCACCCCUUUCCAGCAUGGAUUCUGGAGGAGGAGAUUGCAUAAGUUGUUUACUUCCUAAGAACCAAUCAUGCGAGUCCGUUCUCGGGUUAACCUCCGAUUUUCAGUCCUGCCCUUCCUCCAACAUUAGCAUGCAGUGCCUCACUUCUGCCACCACUACGGGCCAUUAUGGUGACCAAGUGCUAUCUGAUCAGUUGCUCAGUGGCCCCACUCAUCCAGCUGGAGGUAAUGAAAAUGCAGAAGAAGGCAAGUCAUUGCGAGAGAGCGACUCAGAUGAUGAUCCAACCUCUAGGAGUAUAUAUGAGAGCUUGGGGGAGGAGGCUCAAGACUGGAGCUGCCUGGAGUCCCUUAUCAGCGAGAGCCGCAUGGAACUAUUAGACUUGUGCUCUCGCAGUGAGCUGGCAGUCAAUCUGUUUUGCGAGGAAGAUGUGGAAAACUACAUGUUUCAAGAUGAGGAGUCAACACUGGGUACUGAUGUCUGUUCGCUCAAAAUUCGCUAUGAAUCCUACCCAGAUGUGGUGCAAGAACGGUCUGAGGUCCCCCUGCAAGACGAAUCCCAACUAGGCUUUUUUCCCACUCUCCCUUGUAGCAGAACCGAAAGUUUACAAGACAAGACAGACCAAUCAACCGAGGACAAGGCAGACGACCCAACAACCCCCAACAGCAAUUUUCUUUUUGACCUCAGCAACUCCCCGGAGGAUUCCGGUGAGUUCAGUGAUGACAGCUACUGCACGGGCUCAUCCCCUGACACCUGGCAAGCCCAGCAACCCCAUGGUCAAAUGUCCAGGGAAAAUUCUUGCUCCUCCAGCCAGCUGAGCUACCGCCUUCGAGCCAAGAGGAAGGUUGCUUUUCGAGAAGACUACCUAUAUGAUGUGGAUUCAAUAGAGAGUGAGAAGAAUGCAGAAAAGCGCAAGAAGCUGUCGAUCGGCCCUAAGAAAGAGUGGGACGAUGACUGGUGUCCAAAGAAACGGCGCCGGUCAUGUCGAAAGGAGCCGCCAGUCAUCAUUAAAUAUAUUAUCAUCAACCGCUUUAAAGGUGAGAAGCACAUGCAAGUGAGGUUGUGUAAAGUGGAACCUUCAGUCUCAAUGGUGAAUCUAAACCCAGACUCCUUACUGCACUAUGAAAAACUAGCACCUCUGAAGGCCUACUGGCAGAAGAAGGAAAGGGAACAGCAGGAGCAGAACUUAUUAGCAGCUGCAGACAAAACCAAACGCCUCAAUGGCUGCAAAAGGCCACCAAGUACUACCCCAAAACGCAAACAAAGGAGCACAAGACUCAGGAUUCAGCGGAUCCCUGCUGUAGAGACUCCAAUCCCCAGCCAAACUGCUGCUGCCUUGUGUAACAAUCAACAAGAAAUGACUGACUCAGUAAAAAGCACAGAAGACCUACAAGGGGCCACAACACACGAUGCCUUGGACAAUGUAGAGACAGGUAAACCUACACAUCCAGCCAGGGCUAAGAGCAGAACACAAGAGAGAGAGGAGAUGAGAAAGUUAGACAAAACAGUGAAGAUAAAGAAAUUCAAAAGUGAAGCCAGACUGAGGGCUAAAAAGCUACAGGAAGCACAGAAAGAGGAAAACCCCACUGCCUCUGAACUUACAGAGAUAAGUUCUUGUUUACCUGAAAACCUUAGUGACUCUUUGGAAAGUAAUCUUCUCACAAAUGAGACCUCGAUUGAAAAAUGCACUUUGACUCCCACUGCCCCUGGGACUAACGAGAAUGUGGACCUCCUGCCUGGUGGAUAUCUACAGACUCUUCUGGAAGCUUCAGAUUCUUCUAGCACAUAUUUUUCUACAGACCAGCAGCAGACAGGUUUGCUACCAGUUGAAGUCCCUCUGCAACCAGUUCAAACUUGUGUACUCUCCCCUCCAUCAGAAUCUGAGCUCCCUCAUUCACCCCAGCCUCUCAAUCAUAUCCCACACCAAACAUCAUUCCCUGAGACCGACCACCCCGAACAAAGUUACCCUGUCAACUGGCCUUCCCAGCCCACAGUUGAGCAGCUUUCAUUCUCGCCUGACAUCCCAACUCAGUCCCCAGUAAUGCCAUCAGGCUUUCAAAGACCAAUUUCUGUACUAGCAGGGGACAGCACAACAGUGACAGGGUAUAGCCAGGUACCACUGGGUACCUGCAGGAUGGCAUUUGAAGAGCCACUCUUGGCAGAACCCCAUUCUGACACCGAUUAUGGGCGUAGUCCAGUGGGAUCACGAGUUGAAAAUGGCAUGGGCCGUCUUGUCAGCUUUAACUCCCUGGGAUCUCUUUCUGCAGCUUCAAGCAACUAUAGUUCUCUUAGUCUCAGAGAUGGUGAACGAGAACGAGAAGAAGAGAUGAGUGAGAUCAGUGAUGGUUUCCUCUCGCAUUGCAGCCCUCAGCUUGUUCUGCAACAGAGUCUUGAGGAGAUCACUCCACUUCGAGAGUCCACCGACUUGCUUGACAUAUCAAACUUCACCCCUGACAAAUUCCGUCAUUCCUCCUUGUCUGAAAUGUCCCCACCCGACACACCCAGCCCCUCACCACAGCUGCUGGGGAACUGUGGCAAAGGGGGGGGGUUUCUAGAAGCAGCAGGGGCUAAUGUGAGUUGGAACUGCAGCACUGUCCCACAAGUGGAGCAAGAUGCAUCACAAAAUGCACACCUCUUACAAGCAUUCACUGAGGAGGAAGAAAAAGAAGGGCUUCAAAGUCUUAAGAGGUCUAAAAAGAAGGGAGGAAAGAAUGGACAAAGCACCAAAAAGACCAAAACUCCAAAGGUGGCUAAAUGUGAUAGGGUUAAGCUCCCGAAACAGGGUUCAAAUUCUGCUAAGAAAAUCAAGGCAUUAUUAGAGGGGAAAGCAGCUAAAGAUGAGAGGAAAACAGAUAGUGGUGCUCCUUCUCCAACCCCCUCCCUGAACAUAAUAGGAGCUCAGGCGGACUGGCCCAAUGCUGGAGCUCUAUCAGAUGAUGAUCAGGGUGAGUUCCAAGAGCCAUCAAACAUCCUGUCCAAUAUUGUCUCUGGCAUGGCAGAGGUGCAACGCUUCAUGCGAGCCUCAGUGGAACCACUUUGGGGGCCUUGUCUGUCGCCAGGACAGCACGCUCUCCAAAGCCAAACACUGAAAAUACUUGGUAGCAGUGCUGACCUUAAGAAACGGAGCAGUGCAUCAGGAGCAAGUAAGGGGAAGAAAGGGACAGGGCGUGAUGGAAAGACCUCGUCAAAACUUCUUGCACCGGGCUUCUUUCCGACUAUCGGUUUGGAUUGUCUCCCACUUCCUCACCGGCCUGCUCACAAAAAGAUGUACCGUCACAAAAGCACCACAAAAUUUGCCCGUGAUGAACUUUUAGCGGGUAAAAGGGACAUUAAAGGGGUUGCACUGGCAGCUUUGGUAGAGAAGCAGAGGUAAUAUUUUCUCUAUUUGCAAAGUACCUAUGUGAGUCCUCAUUUCCUGUCAAAUCUUUCUGAGCCGUUACCCCCGAAACACUACUCAGAGCUGCAUGGCACUGACUUUACCUUUCCUUUGCCUGCCCCACAGGACAGUGGGUACACCCUGCAUGACAGCCCUGCUAAGCUACCUACUGACUAAGUGGAGUCACUGUAAUCCAGCUGCAUCUAUCUGCCAUUUGCUGCUUUGUUGCAUUUUUUAAAUCAGUACAGUUAUUUUGAUCAGUUUUCUUAAGAGACAAUGCCUUGAAAGCCACCUUAAAUCAUACUCUGGUGUAGUAUUACAUUUGGGGUGGGGGUUUUCUUCUCUCCGUCACAGUUCAAGCGCUAUAUAUGUGUUCAAUCCGUGUGCUAACUGUUGUUAAAAACAAGCCCAUCACCUUGCAAAACGGUUGCCUUCUGUUGUUCAGGGGUCAGAGGUUGUUUUUAUAAGUAUCCCCCUCAUUAAGAGUAUUCCAGUGUUACUGUGCCAACCAUUCGGAAAGAUGGAUUCGGGAACUCCACGAGUAGCACAUAAUUAGAAAAGGACAUCAUACUUUUGUAUAAGACACUCAUGUCUUAAUGUAAUAGUUGUCCUUAGUAUUAUGUUUUAUUUAUGGUUCGAGUAUUGAGGGUUUGGUCACCAGUGCCAUAGGCUGACCCAAGUCCUCUCUGCCAGUAUCGAAAUGCUGUUGUACAGGAACAUAUGCACUAUUUACAAAAUAAGAUUAUAUCAAACAUGUUUUAAAUGAACAUGCCAAAAUAUGAACAAUUAAGUGUACAGAACAUUUUUAUCUACAUAAUAAAUAUUUGCUGUUUUUUAAUGUGGUGGUGGUUGUGGGAAUGUAUGUGUGCAGUUUUGGGGUGGGUUGGAGAAUAAUUUCGGACUUUACUGUUGUUACAUAUGCAGACAUCAGUUUGUGGAGUCUUAUGUACAAUCGGGGAGAACGAUGUCAUUGUUUUUCUUUUUGUUUUUUUUUCCAUUCUUUUGUUCAUUAUUACAUGCUUAGUGAGUUGCAUAAACAAAGAAAGCCACUGAGCUAAAGAGAAAAGAGGAAGUGUCGUGACAUUGUAACUACGCAUGUGCCAAAUAUAAAUUAUUUAACAUUCAUCGCAAUUUACAAUAUCAUGAUAUUUAAAGGACACGACUAUGUGUUUAUUUGUACCUGUUUUCAUAGGGCAACAUUUUAAACAUAAAUGAAGAAAUUUUUAUUUUGGGAUUUAAGCCAGCAGAUGUUAUUAGGGAGGACAUAAUUAUCAUAUAUCGAUACUUGAAGAUGUUUUCAUUACACAAAAUAUGAACUGUCAAGACAGUGCCAAUACAAUAGUAGUGCCAAAAUUAAAAAAUAAAAACAACAAAAAACACAAAAACUCAUAAUAUUUUAAUACUAUUUUUUAUAGUUUUAAGUAAUCAACAAGUAACCGCAAAAAUACAUCUUGAUAUUCAGUCAACUACUGCUUACCGUUAAUAACAAUGAAAUGCUAUAAAAUGUAUUCAUUUACGAUUUUGUGAUUUUACUUUAUAUCACUGAAGUUACUCAUGCCACCUACUGGUAGGUGUCGCAAUAGCUAGCUAAAUAUAAGCUAAAAAACGUUAGCUAGCCAAAUGUAAUCAAUAAAAUAUGAAGCUAUCUUGCAUUUGUCAAGAUAUCUCUCAGUUGGGAAGUUUUGAAGUCCCCAGAUUUGUUUUACAUUGGGCACAAUGCAGAUAUUCUGCCUAGCUACUAAAAAGUACUUUUACUGAAUAUUAGCACAUGCCUAGUUAUGCUUAAUCUACUGCGUGACAUGGCGUCAUGCUCCUGUUAUAAAAGGAUUAAGUAAUAAAAGAUUUACAGAGGGAACUGGACUGGUAGAAACUUUAUCCAUAACCUCCUGAUUCGUCUUUAUAAAGAUUCCCUAAUAAACUCUAAUAAAACGAUCAGUGGGAACUUUCACGUUUCAGUUUUGCAGACAACGAGACAAAGUUAUUUUUGAGAGUUUUUCCAGUGUUGCUAGCGAUGUGCAUGCAUAACCAUGAUACUCAAGCUAAGUUGUGCAUGCAGAUGCCCUUAUUUAGCAUCUUUUUAUGUUCAUUUUUUUUCCUCUUGCAAUGUUUGAAUGUUAUUUAAUGUUUACAAAAAAAUAAUGUGAGUACCCCAGCCUUCCCUAGCAUUGUAUCUUUUUAUUUAUUUAUUUAUUUAUUUAUUUAUUUAUUUAUUUAUUUAUUUAUUGAAUGAGGGAACUACACAGACUUAUAAAAUUCCCUUGUAAAGAAAUACAAAACGCAGCAUUUACAUCAACUACAGUUAGUCAAAAAAAAAAACCAGCCAUGUGCCAUAUUUACGAAUGUAUUACGCCUUUGUGGGUUUUAUUUCACAUAAAUAUUUUUUGCCUUAUUUUUUUUCUUUUUCAUCACAAACACAGACCUGUUUGUAUCAUCUGGUAUCUUUGCCAGGAGGAUUAUUAAACUCUUGAUGUAGGGGGAAAAAUUUAUCAACCUGUAUAUUUUACAUCGUGCCAAUUUGUAAAAUAUUUUCUAAGUGUAUAUUUUUCUUAGAAAGUGCUGUGAGGUCGUUUCUUGAUGUGGCUUCUGUCCUUUUGCCUUUUAGGCGGUGAAAAAGGUCACUGAAUUAUCAUGGGAUUUUUUUUUUAUUAUUUGUCUUAAAGCCAAAAAUUGUGAAAGACAAAAAAAUCCUAUGGUAAAGGAGAAAAAGCUGUGGCUUUGUUGAGUUUUGUUAUUGGACCAAUCUUAUUGUGAGAGUGUUGUGCUCUAGUAAAUCAAUUACUGAUAAUAAAAAAAAUGAAAACAGCUAAUUAAUGACACUAAUUUGUGAUUUAAUCUCUGUUUUAUAGAUUUUAAUGUAAAUUAUUCUAGUAUUUUGUUUCUGUUGUAUCUGUUUCAAAGGUUUAAAUAUUUGUGAACCAGCCUGUAUGGUGAAAAAUGUAAUAUUGGUAACUGGAGUUUUGUAAUCAUGUUUAUGGAAUAAAUAUAAAUUUAAAAAAAUG